AUGGUGCUUUCGGAAGAGAAUAAUUGGUGUAUAAAGCAUUUAGGGUCAACUAACGAAGAGGAUAUAAAGCUUUAUAAUAAGAUAGCAAUUUUUUUUAAAUCAUUAAAGGAUGAACUGGACAAAGAGGUAAAGAAACGUGGUUGCUAUUACUUUAGACAUUGGUUACAAGACAAGAUAAGUAAAAAAUAUUAUCAUAGAAAGAAUAUAGCUAAAAAUAACCCAGUUGCUGAGAAACUUUUUGAUUUCGUUUCAUCAGAUAGUACAAGUUUAAUAAAUGAACCAGCAUGCAGUGGAAACACUUAUGCAUAUCCGAAAGAUUGGAAAGAAGAAAAAGAAUUACACGAUUAUUUUGAAAAUUAUGAAUAUAUAAAAUGUGAUAAUUCUGAUAAAAUUGCGUGCGAAAAAUAUGUACAUUAUGUUAAUUAUAUUGACAGUAUAUAUAAGGAGAAUUUUGAAAGGUGUUGUGAUGAAGAAGACUUUUUUGGAUUAAAAUGUGAUCCGUAUUUUAAGUGUGAAAAUAUGUACAAACCUGGAGAUUUAUUAAAUAAAUUAAAAAUCCAACUUGAGUUAAUAAGUAAUAAUGGAGGAAAAGCAAGAGAAGAUGUAGCUAUCACUGAAAAGAAAACAACUUUUACGGUAAUAGUGAAGAAGAUUUAUCAACUUAUGAUUCAGAAGAUAUAUAUAUGGAUUCUAAAUUAA